AUGCCAGAUGACGAUUCUCACUCUCCAUGGGCGAAUGGUGAUCUUCCACCUGGCGUAUCUGGAACUGCAAGGCCAGCAUUGAAGUUGGAAAUGAACUGCACACCGAUGAAGCACUACGAUGCCUUUGAUGUAGUGCUUCCGCGUGAAGCUAUGCGAUUUGGACGUGCAGUUGGACGAGCUACUUCUGUGGAAACUGGUACAAUUCGCACAGGCCUCAGAAGCAGCCUCUAG